AGAGGGUUUAAGCACAGCAGUAGUCUCUGACUCUCUGGUGCUUCAAUGGAAGCCUUGAGACCCCUUGGCCUUGGCCUCUAUACCACUCCAAGCCUCCUACUCUCAUUGCCCCAUCCUCGCAAACUCCACAAGUUCAGCCCCUCCUCUGGCGCCGGCGGUGCUUGUAGUAGUGGUAGUAGUAGCCUCUCCACCACCUGUUCCGCCAGCAAAUGGGCCGACCGCCUCAUCGCCGACUUCCAAUUCCUUGCCGACCCCUCAUCCGAUCAAUCUCUCUCCUCAUCCACGGCCACUCUCCCUCCUCCACCAACACCACCUCUCGCUCCUCCGGACGACCGCCACGUGUCCAUCCCCCUCGACUUCUACCGCGUCCUCGGCGCCGAGUCGCAUUUCCUCGGCGAUGGCAUUAGGAGAGCUUACGAAGCGAGGGUUUCGAAGCCCCCGCCGUACGGGUUCAGCGACGACGCUCUGAUUAGUAGAAGGCAAAUCCUCCAAGCCGCUUGCGAAACCCUAACGAACCCUAGCUCACGACGAGAUUACAAUCGAGGCCUCGUGGAAGAUGAGCUUGGAACCAUUUUCACACAAGUCCCAUGGGACAAGGUUCCUGGGGCUUUGAGCGUGUUGCUAGAGGCUGGAGAGACUGAGCUAGUUAUUCAAAUUGGGGAGGAUUUGCUUAGAGAGAGGCUGCCCAAAUCGUUCAAGCAAGAUGUCGUCUUGGUGUUGGCACUGGCAUAUGUUGACAUGUCGAGGGACGCAAUGGCAUUGGCUCCACCGGAUUUCAUUCGGGGUUGCGAGGUGCUAGGGAGGGCUUUGAAGCUCUUGCAGGAGGAAGGGGCCAGUAGUCUUGCACCAGAUUUACAAGCACAGAUUGAUGAGACAUUGGAAGAGAUCACCCCACGUUGUGUUCUGGAACUGCUAGCUUUACCUCUUGGUGAUGAGUACCGGUCGAGAAGGGAAGAGGGUCUCCGUGGUGUACGUAACAUUUUGUGGGCUGUUGGAGGAGGGGGAGCUGCUGUUAUUGCUGGGGGAUUCACGCGUGAAGAUUUCCUGAGUGAGGCAUUCUUGCGUAUGACAACAUCUGAGCAGGUCGAUUUAUAUGCAGCCACACCACCUACUGUGCCAGCAGAAUGUUUUGAAGUUUAUGGAGUGGCACUUGCACUUGUUGCACAAGCCUUUUUUGGGAAAAAACCUCAUCUCAUAAAAGAUGCUGAUAACCUGUUCGAGAAACUUCAGCAGGCUCAGGUAACAGCUCUUGAUAAUGCUGUCCUUGCCUAUUCUCCCAGAGGAAACCCUGAGGUAGACUUUGCGUUGGAGAGGGGCCUUUGUUCACUACUUGUAGGGGAGCUUGAUGAGUGUCGUUCAUGGUUGGGCUUGGACAGUGAUAAUUCACCUUACAGGAAUCCAUCUGUUGUAGACUUUAUCUUGGAGAACUCAAAGGAUGAUUAUGACAAGGAUCUUCCUGGGCUUUGUAAACUGUUGGAGACAUGGUUGAUGGAGGUGGUUUUUCCCAGAUUUAGAGACACUAAAGCUAUACAGUUCAAGCUUGGUGAUUACUAUGAUGAUCCUAAAGUCCUUAGAUAUUUAGAAAGGCUGGAGGGUGUUGGUGGUUCACCCUUAGCUGCAGCAGCAGCCAUAGUGAGGAUUGGCGCUGAGGCUACUGCAGUUCUUGAUCAUGUUAAGGUUAGUGCGAUUCAGGCAUUGCAGAAGGUGUUUCCUCUAGGUCAAAGGGACCAGAAUACUGAACAUCAAGAAGAUGGUGACUUGAAUUACUCUGUUCCUGCCAUAGAAAGUGAAGAGCCUCAGGGAGAACCUGAUCAAGGUGAUUCUGCCAAUAUAGCUGAGAUUUCUGGAAGUAAUAGCUCUGGUGAAAUACUUGAGGAAGAAUUGAUGACUGACAAAAUUAAAGAUGCAAGUGUGAAGAUUAUGUGUGCUGGUGUGGUCAUUGGGCUAAUGACUUUGGUUGGCUUGAGGUAUUUACCGGCUAGGAACAGCUCAUCCAUUCUACGUAAAGAAGUUCCUUCAACGAUGGCAUCGGAUGUCAGUGUAGGGGUCUCAGGAGAUGAAAAGGCUGGGGAGGAAUUACCCAAAAUGGAUGCAAGGAUUGCAGAAGGUCUAGUUCGCAAAUGGCAGAACAUUAAAUCUCAGGCCUUUGGACCUGAUCAUUGCCUAGAAAGAUUGCCAGAGGUUUUGGAUGGUGAGAUGUUGAAGAUAUGGACAGAUCGUGCCGCUGAAAUUGCCCAACUGGGUUGGUUCUAUGACUAUGGUCUGUUGAACCUCACUAUUGACAGCGUCACCGUGUCACUAGAUGGGCGGCGUGCUGUGGUUGAAGCAACUCUCAAAGAGUCAGCCUACCUAACUGUUGUGGACCGUCCGGAGCAGAAUGCCUCCAACACCAGAACCUACACGACAAGGUAUGAGAUGUCUUGCUCCAAUUCGGGAUGGAAAAUUACCGAAGGAGCCGUCCUCGAACCAUAAUGAGAUGACACAAAACAGAAUGAGGUUCAGUGUAUAUAGUAUAUACCAUCACUGUUUUUGUUGGUAUCAUUCUUAGAUUGUUAUCUAUCGUAUUGUUAAGGUUUUUUUUUA